UCACUUUUCCUGCGUAGCUCCGCGCUGCGCCUGCGCCCGUGCUCCGGCAGCUGAAGGAGGCUUAAAGAGACAACAGCAGAAUCAGAGCAACUCUGGGGGAAUGAGAGAGAUACCAACGCACGGAGAAACAUGACUUCCACUCCGUUUGGAUAGCUAAGAGUAAAAGAUCUCCAGCAGAAGUCAAACCCAGCUUUCUCCGAUCAUCGCAUCCUCUGAUUCCGGGGUUGUCUGCCGUGGCCCUGCAACAUGGAGAGAAUCCACUGUGUCACUGAAGGCUGACCAGAAGGAAUGAGGCACUCCAGGAGAUGUUCCCAAGUGGCCUUGUGGAUGCAGUAGCUGCGCCUCGGAGUGCUUUUUCAUGACGAGUAUUGUAUGUGUGUCCGUGGGCACAUCCUAGCACAACCUGCCUUUUUCCUCAGGCAGGGGCAUGCUACUCUGAGACUGGAGCUGGAAACACACACCCGAGAGGAGCCUCUCUGCUAAACAAGGAACAUAAAGAAACAUCUGAAGCACCCAGCAGAAGAGCGGGGCGCUCGUUUCAGCGUCUUCUAAAACCAUUUUAACAGCAACACCUCUCCUCUGUCUUGUGAGAUUUGUACCCCUCCCCCUCCCUAAAGCCUCCUCGGUCGUUGUUAUUGGAGUUUCUAUGGUUUGCAUGGCUGGAGAAUAACCGUGGAGAGGCCAGGGUAUCACAAGCUUAUGGAUUUUGAUAAGAGAGGGGGCAAGGGAGAGACAGAGGAAGGGAAAAAGAUGUCUAAGACGGCAGGCAGCAGGACUGGACAUGGGGGCCGGAGUUCAGGGACCAAUUCUGGAGUUCUUAUGGUUGGCCCAAACUUCCGUGUGGGUAAAAAAAUCGGCUGUGGGAACUUUGGAGAGCUGCGGUUGGGGAAAAAUCUCUAUACUAACGAAUAUGUGGCCAUCAAAUUGGAACCUAUAAAGUCCAGGGCGCCACAGCUCCAUCUGGAAUAUAGAUUUUACAAACAGUUGGGAAAUUCAGAGGGAAUCCCUCAGGUGUACUACUUUGGUCCUUGCGGGAAAUACAAUGCCAUGGUGCUGGAGCUACUCGGGCCCAGUCUAGAGGAUCUGUUUGACCUCUGUGACCGCACCUUCACCCUCAAGACCGUCCUCAUGAUAGCCAUACAGCUGAUAACACGGAUGGAGUACGUCCACACCAAGAGUCUGAUAUACAGAGAUGUGAAGCCAGAAAACUUCCUGGUUGGUCGGCCAGGGAGCAAGAGGCAGCACACCAUCCACAUCAUUGACUUUGGUCUGGCCAAAGAGUACAUAGACCCCGAGACCAAAAAACACAUCCCCUACCGGGAGCACAAGAGUCUGACUGGGACGGCACGCUAUAUGAGCAUCAACACACAUCUGGGAAAAGAGCAAAGCAGAAGGGAUGAUUUGGAGGCGCUGGGUCACAUGUUCAUGUACUUCCUCCGAGGCAGCCUCCCCUGGCAGGGCCUAAAGGCGGACACUUUGAAGGAGAGGUAUCAGAAAAUCGGGGACACCAAACGUGCAACACCCAUUGAAGUGCUUUGUGAAAGCUUCCCUGAAGAGAUGGCCACCUACCUACGCUACGUGAGGAGGCUGGACUUCUUCGAGAAGCCUGACUAUGACUACUUGAGGAAGCUCUUCACCGAUCUGUUCGACAGGAACGGCUACGUCUUUGACUAUGAAUACGACUGGGUUGGCAAAUCACUUCCCACACCGAUAGGCCCCAUCCCCAGUGACACGCCCCUGCCGCCCAGCAGCAGAGACAAAGCACAACAGCAGACCAAAAACCAGUCGCCUGAGCCCAAAGGAAGUGAGUCUCAGCCCACUCCAGUGACCAAUAAGGAGACUCUGGGGUCGCACCUCACAGCUGAGCGGCUUGGGGGCUCUGUUCAGGUGAUGAGCUCAACGAAUGGCGAGCUGAAUACUGAUGAUCCCACAGCCGGACACUCCAACGCUCCCAUCACCGCUCCCACCGAGGUUGAAGUGGCCGACGAAACCAAGUGCUGUUGUUUCUUCAAGAGGAGAAAGAGGAAAGCCCUCCAGAGGCACAAGUGAAAGAAGAGAAUGGAGAGAACUUGAAACAUUGUGGUCACUGUCAAGUUUUAAAUGGAAGCAACUACACAGACCCCCACCCACCCCUCUUCCUUAUCUCUCUCCAGCUCCCCCCUUCCCCCCCUCACCUCUUUCUCCCUCUCACCUCAUUUCCUUCAUCACUCUGUACCUCCCCUCCCCUUCGCGCUCUCUCUUUCUUGUUCUCAGAGCUCCCCCGGCUUCUGGCGAGCUAAAGGAAUGUUGCAGUCCUCCCGACUCCACAACAGACUUUUGAUUCCUUUAUCGAUGAAAUAUAAACGUACCUGCAUUACAACGGGGGGCUUGAGACAAAGUAAAAAAAGCUGUAACAAUGAAACUCGAAUCUGUGGCGUGAAUAUGAAAAAAGAUGCUGUUUGAAACAGUUGUUGUAUUGAUUUAGAUUCCAUAAAGAUUGCUUAUUGUUCCAACAGUCAGCUGUUGAUCAGGGGGAACCGUGAGCGGUUCGAGUGAAAGGAAACUGCUCAUUAGGAAAUUGUUUUAUUUUCUUUCUUUCUUCCUUUGGUGUGUGUUUUGGGAUCAAGGUAAAGAGGAAAAGGUGAACUAUGCUGAUGUUGAAUCUGAGAGACAAAGGAAGCAUUUCAUCUAUAAAACAGAAAUAUGGAGGAUUUUUAUGUUUUAUUUUCUUCUUUUUUUUUGUAAUUGAAUCCUCAGUUUUCAAAGUUGAAUCCCUGCAUUGAAGACUUCUUUUUAUGUUGUAGUGUUCUGGAUUCUUUUCCUCACUCUGGCUUUUUUUUUUUUUUAACUUUUAUUUUUAUUUUUUUGUCUGUCGACGUGGACUUUGUAGCACAGUCACUGGCCUCAGGUACUGUGGACGAUGGAGAGAAACAGAUAUCAAAUUCUCUUAUUGUUAUUGCACUUUUGGAAAAACACACAAAAGAGAGAAAACGAUUACAGUGGGAAAAAAAAAACAACUUUAGGUUUGAAAUUAACAAUUAAGAAAAAACAACUUAAUAAAGACUGAUCUAGGAGGAGUCCUUCACAACGCUUAUAUCUGAGUUAUGGCCGAAAAAAUGUUGUCAAUUUACAUGAAAAAAAAGAGAUGUCUUCGAUUUUUAUUUCUUACAUCAAAAUAAUUUACCAGGAAAUCAUAGUUUGUGCCUUUCUAAGUAAAAUGUUUAAAGCUCAA